UUUUUUUUUCCUUUUCAGACACAUCAAGACGGAGCUUGUGCCAUGAGGUGAUCACUGUAUAAACCGGUUUCGUCUGACCAAGCCUUACCCUACCCGUCUCACCUGUAGACAUGGGGUUAUGUAUGAGGGGUUGGAGGUGUCGGGGCAUCGCUGGGGCCUUCAGUGCCAGUGUUGGACUGUUGCUGCUGGGGCUCAGCCUGGCCCAGUCGGUCCCUCCGCAGACUACCUGUCCAGCAGCCGUGGCCCCACAGAGCUUCGCCCAGCCCUAUUACCAGAACACAGCAGGGGAGGACACCAUUGUGGGUUUCAUGUCAGCUCUAGUCCAGUCCUUCCUCCACACAGUCCAGCCUAAACCCUUUCCUAAAGAUCUGAUCCUGAAAAUAGCCCAGGAAAUUGACCAGUCAAAUACAGAAGAAUUCACCAGAGAAGCCCUGGUGUAUCAAGUGGGUUUCCUGGUGUGUGCCGCCAUUGGCAUUCUGUACAUGGUUCUGAUGCCCAUAGUUGGUUUCCUCCUGGCGUGCUGUCGCUGCUGUGGCAACUGUGGUGGGAAGAUGUACCAGAAGCAGACGUCCUCCAUUCACUGUCGCCGAAGAGCUCUCUACUGGAGUGCAUUCAUCACCACAGUCAUUAUCCUUGCUGGGAACAUAUGCAUGUUCAAAAGUAAUGAAGCCCUCAAAGGAAGUGUGGACCAGACUCCAGUGGAACUCAACAAAACAAUAUAUAACAUCAACACCUUCCUCACUGCUGUGCCUCAGCAAUUGCACUAUGUGGUGCGUGAGAGCUCCAAGACCAUACAGGAGGUUACCAGAAACCUAGAUGCCAUUGGCCCUCAGGUGGGAACAGGGAUCCAGGAGAAAUUAAGAGGAACAAUGGACACGGUGUUGAACUCAGUUAGACUUCUGGACCAAGAGACUGAUAACACACAGGUUCAACUGAACAACCUGAACUCAUCUUUGGCCCAGCUGCAGUCCAGCAUGAACCGCCUCCAGGCCAAUGUCACUGCUGUUAAAAAUCGCAUCAAUCAGACUUUAUCCAAGCCAAGCUGCACUGGAUGUGACCGCUUGAAACCUGAAUUGCAGAACCUAAUGCUGGAUACGUCCAUCUCUAUUCCCAGCUUAAAUGAGUUCCAGUCUGCGCUGGAUGAAGUCAAGAAAACUAACUUUAAAGCCAAAAUCAAGGAGGUGGAGGACUAUUUCAACAGCAUCCCCCAGAAGGUGACCAAUGACACCAUGGAUGUAGUUGAAAGCAGCAAGCUGCUGUUGGAUGAAAUAAAAGCACAGGUCUCCCAGAUUACCAGUGACAUCCCUAUAUCGGCUUUGACCAACGUGUCUACGAGUCUGGACCAGUUGCAUGGAGAAAUCGUCAAGUUCACACCAGAGUUCGAGAGAGCCGAGCAUAUUAGAUGGGGAGUGGGUCUGGCCCUGUGCUGUGUGGUCCUCUUGGUGGUGGUGUGUAACCUCCUGGGUCUGGUCCUGGGCCCUGUGGGUCUGACUUCCGGUGCAGACCCCACAAAGCGAUCCUGCACAGCAAAUUGUGGAGGCACCUUCCUCAUGAUGGGUGCAGGUUUCAGCUUCCUCUUCUCCUGGCUGUUCAUGAUAGUGGUGACUGUGCUCUUCCUGCUGGGUGGGAAUGUUUACACUCUGGUCUGUCGGCCCUGGAGCAACGGAGAACUGCUGAAGUUAAUUGAUACUCCAGGUUUAAUUCCAGGGUUCGAUAUAAAUUCAGCUUUGGGAUUGAAAACCAACAUCAAUAUCUCUGAUAUCUAUAGAGACUGUGCGGAAAACAAGCCUCUGUGGACAACACUCCGCUUGUACGAGGUCAUAGACCUCGGAGGCCUGCUCAACGUGUCUAAAUACACAGAGCAGAUCCAGCAGUACUUUGAGGAUACAGACAUCACUCUGCCCACACUAACUCUUCUGAGCCCUGAAGUUGAAAAACGAAUCCGCAAUCUCUCCAUCAAGGCUCAAAAUUUUAACUCCACUGCUAUCACACAGCAGAUGAACAACCUUUCCAGGAUCAAUCUGAAUACAACAGCAGAUAAACUUGACGCCCUCGCUGAUGUUCCAACAAACAGCAAUACUAAAAAAGAGCUCCAAGAUGAGGCCAGGGACCUUAGGCGGAUCCAGUCCGAGAUAGAAACAACCAUCACCCCACAGCUGAAAAACCUCAACUCGAGCAUCAAGAGCCUUGAAACCUUCAGAGACAAAAUCAAUAGAACAGUGGGGGAGGUGCUGAGCAACGUGGAAGCAGCACAAGACUUCCUCAACACAAAUACGACACAGAUCAUCAGGACCGAAAGCAGAAAGUUUGUGGACUGUCAGCUCAAUUUCUUCAUUGUUUAUGCUAAUUGGGCCAACGUCACGAUCACACAGCAGGUGGGCCGCUGUGGGCCGGUGGCAGGAGUUGUGAACUCUGUUGAGAUUGUCCUCUGCUCACAAAUUGUGGAGUCUCUGAAUGCGUUCUGGUUUAGUCUGGGCUGGUGCAUCAUCUUCUUCAUCCCCAGCAUCAUAUUUUCUAUGAAACUAGCCAAGUACUACAGGAGAAUGAAGUACUCUGAUGUGUUUGACGACCACAUAAUCAUGAACCACAUCCCACGUGCCCAGAUGAAAUUCACCUGAGAAGACAGCAUAUCCGCGAUACAGCUUUAAAAGACUCCAGGCUUCGGCAUCGCUGGGCAAAAUAAAAACACAUGGUACACUCCUGCACAGACGUGGCAAAUGUCACUCUGGUGGAAAGUCUCAAACUGAAAAGACUAGUUAGGUUACCUACUUGUGUCUUUUUGAUUCCAAUUUUCUCCAAAAGGUGGAGAAGCAAAGCCAUUUAUUAAGGGACUACAGUGGUGAUACAAUACAUUACAUACACCACACGCAGCGUGUUAGAACUGACCUCAGGGGGGACACAGGGCGUAAUGGAAUCUUCAGGGAAUUUUUCUUCAUUUUAUAUCAAAUUUCAAAGGGAUUUCUUUUACUUACUGUAUAACAUAAAUGAUUUGUAUGAGCUGCUGCUGGAUUCUGAAAAUAUAUGUUCCAUAUUUCAAAUUAUAAAACAGAUUUUUGUUGAGAGUUGAUCGCAUUUAUAUAUAGUUAUGUUGAUGCAGAGCUGUCAGAAAAUGCAGCCGUGCGUUACUGUGCCAACUGCUUCUGUUUGUAUACUGCAGGGAUUUGACGAUCUCGUUCUAACGGAAAACCACUUUUUAAUCACUUUUUUAUACUUGCACUUGUAUUUGAAAUCAAAGAACAAUGUAUUGAAAGAAUCAUGAGAUUAAUACACUAUUUUGUGUGACAAAUGUAUGUUGCAAACUACACAAUGAAAGUGUUUUGUUACAAUUUUCAAAUAUGUUUUUGUAAAUAUUGAUUUUGACUGAUGUGAUUCAUGAUUAAUGAUGAUUUUGGUACUUUGUACUAUUUUGUACUCAAUAGUCGAUUGUGUUUUAUCUCUCUGUCACACAGCACUUUAGAUGGUCUGUUUGCUCAAUGUGCUCAAAAGGUUGCUAACAUUUCUGCCUGUUGUUGGGAAACUACUGUAUGUAAAAACUGUUACUGAUCAACAACUGCGCUGAGUCUG